AUGGAUCCCAACCAAAACACCCCUCCAAACUACAGAAAUUGCAAACCCGAUAACGCUUUUGUGUUAGAUACGACACCUCGCCAAUUUCCGGCUAUGGAGUCACCUCAAGGCGGUUUUAUCAAUCUACUUCAAAGUGGUUCCCCUAUCCAACAAACACCACUUUUCCAACAACAAUAUCAACCUUUUCCGGCUUUCCAACAACAACAAAUCUCACAACCACCACUUUCGCCGGAUUUUGUUCCGGAAACGCAACCUUCACCACCACCUCAACCAAAAAAGAAAAAAGGACAAAAACCGGCCCGACCCACUACCGCCCAAGAAAGGGUCCCAUGGACAAAAGAAGAAGAAGAAAAGUUAGCGGAGGCAUGGGUGGUGGCUUCCAAAGAUCCAAUUAUAAGAGAUAGCCAGCCUUACGGAAGUUUUUGGGAAAAAGUCCGAGCCAUUUUUUACGAGUUAAUGGAAAGUGAAACUCGAAAUGCCGAUCAAAUUACGUCGAAAUGGCGAGAUAUUCGACUAAAAUGCACCGAGUUUGGAGGAAUCUACAACAACCUCCUAAACAUACGCAAAAGCGGCUCGAACGAUUUUGAUGUUUUCAAGGCGGCCAUGGACCAAUUUGAAAAAACAACGCCAACACGCAAAGCUUUUCCGUAUAUGAAACCGUGGCUAAAAUUGAAAGACGCCCCAAAAUGGAAAGAGCAAACGGAAGGAACUUCCCGAUCUUCCGGUUCAAAGCGUUCAAGAAACCCCGAUGGAACUUCUUAA